AUGCCUGCCCAAGGUGUUGCUGCUGUGCUCCCCCAGCAGGGAGCUCGCGGCCAACGCCAGCAGCAACAGCAGCAAGGUGGUGGCUUUAACUUCCAACGACUACUCCUCGGCGCUGGCUUCUACCUGGCUGUCAAUGCCGGUUUGAGCUGGUAUCUCCAAAAGGACCAGCGCGGCGUCACCGUCGAAGAUCCCACCACGGGCAAACAGAUACGCGUCACCUCCAACACCGGCGACAUCCCGGCCUUCCAGCUGCGCCCGAAAGAUCUCGAUGAGGGCGCCGAGCGUGCCGCGCUUCCGAAGCUUGUCGCGCCAAUCUGGCCCCAGGACAGCCACCUCGACAUUGUCGUCACCGUCUCGCCCUCGUCUCAACCUGCCCCGAUCGAUCAGACGCCCGCCGAGUAUGUCGUGCUCAAUGAAAAGCGCUUCCACAUGGGCAACAGCUCCGACAAACGCCAUGUCGAAGGCAAGUUUGCUGUGCCCUCCGAAAUCCAGCACAACGCCACGCUCUGGGGCCACUUCUUCGUCGGCCUCGCUGGCAGCACCCUCGACCCUCGCGACCCUACCUGGAGCAGCGACACCGCCUACCAUAUGGCAUACCCGUUAACCCAGUAUCUUCCCAAGAAAAAGAUAGCCAAGACGAGAAACCUGCUCGAGUCGCGCAGCGGCGACGACCAGACCGAACCGGAAAUCUCUGAGCCCAAGACGCCCAUCAUCACGAACCACUACCACCCCAAUGCGAGUCUUUCGUUUAUCCCCGGCGUUGGUGUUAAGGAGCUUACAACUAUGCCCCCUCAUAUGAAGCAUUUCAUCCGGCUUGAGCGAAGUGGUGCCCGCGAUGGCACUGGCCAGAACGGCUGGUACUACCCGCUUCUCUUUGUCAACACGUUCUGGCAGCUCAACAAGGACAUGAUUCCUCUCAACGAGACUGUCAAGGAGCUGCCCAUUCGUAUUGACCUCGGUAAUAUGGCGGCCUGGCAGUUCCAAAUCAUGGCCAACAUUGAGAUGAACUCCAAGGAAAACGCGCGUCAGGCCGCCUUUGGCAACCCUGUGCCCGGCACUGGGGACGGCUCCGAGAUUGAGAUGGUCAAGGAGAUCCUCAUCGACAACAACCCAAUUCUGCUCGCCAUUACUGCCGUCGUCACCGUCGCCCACGUCAUCCUUGAGACGCUGGCCUUUGGAUCCGACAUUGCGCACUACCGCAAGAAGAAGGACAACGUCGGCAUCUCGGUGCGCUCUAUCCUCGCCAACGUCUUCAUGCAGACCAUAAUUUUCCUGUACCUCCUGGACAACUCCCAAAACACGAGUUGGAUGAUUCUUGGCUCCCAGGUCGUGGGUAUCGUGAUUGAGUUCUGGAAGAUUACAACCGUCGUCGAUGUCCGCUGGCGCCCAACGCCGCCUGGCUCCUGGAUUCCUUACUGGUUUGUGUUUGAGGACAAGCACAAGCUCACUGAGACGGAAGAAAAGACCAAGGAAUAUGACCAGAUUGCCUUCAAGUACAUGUACAUCGUGGCUGUGCCGCUGCUGAUUGCCUAUGGCAUCUACUCACUCAUGUAUGAGACGCACAAGUCAUGGUACUCGUUUAUCAUCACUACGCUCGUUGGCUCCGUCUACACGUACGGCUUCCUGAUGAUGGUGCCCUCGCUGUACAUCAACUACCGGCUCAAGAGCGUCGCGCACAUGCCCGCCAAGGCCAUGAUGUACAAGUUCCUGAACACUUUCAUCGACGACCUCUUUGCUUUUACCAUCAAGAUGCCGCUCCUGCACCGUCUGGCGACGUUCCGUGACGACGUCAUCUUCUUCAUCUACCUGUACCAGAAGUGGGCUUACAAAACUGACUAUUCGCGCGUCAACGAGUUUGGCCAGGGCGGCGACGAUGACGAGGAGCUACCGAAGCUGGCAGAGGACAAGGGGAAGAAGGAGGAGGCCAACGUGGAGGCCAAGAAACAGCCAGUCCGGGAGCUUGUGGCGGAGAAGGCCAAGGCCAAGGCCAGUGGCGCUGACACGGGCGCUGCGACCAAGAGAAAGUAA